AUGAAGCUCCUCUACCCAACAUCCCUCAAACUCGACAUCCAGAGCCUCGAGGGCUUCUCCGUCGACCUCUUCCCCUACGACGUCAAGAAGACCAUCCCCGAAGAGCACGUCGAUGCCGAGAUCCUCGUCACCUGGACAAACACAGCCGAGAACCUAAAAGACGCCGCAAAGCGCCUCACAAAGCUCCAAUGGAUCCAAUCCCUCGCCGCUGGGCCAAAUGAUGUUCUGGGUGCUGGAUUCGACGCCUCCAAGAUUAAGAUCACAACGGGCUCGGGUCUGCACGAUCACACUGUCGCUGAGCACGCGCUGGGUCUGCUGCUCAACGCCGCGCGCCGCUUCUACGAGAUGCGCGAUUAUCAACUUCAAGGAAAAUGGCCCGGUCAUUUGGGCGGCCCUCAGCCCGAUAGACCAAAGAAUUCAUUCACGACGCUGCGCGAUGCGCGUGUGCUCAUCUGGGGCUUCGGCAACAUUGCAAAGACCCUGACCCCGCAGCUCAUCGGCCUCGGCGCCGAAGUUCGGGGCAUUGCGCGCCGAAAGGGUGUCCGCAAUGGAAUUGAAGUCUACAGCGAAGACGAUCUCGACACACUCCUCCCCGAGACCGACGCUCUCGUCAUGAUUCUUCCUGGCUCUGACUCCACGCGCCAUGUUCUCAACGCUCAGCGCCUGAAGCAAUUGCCCAACCACGCGUGGAUUGUCAACGUGGGGCGCGGUACAUCUGUCGAUGAGGACGCUCUUGUCGAUGCGCUCGAGAAGGGAGAGAUUGGCGGUGCGGCGCUGGAUGUCUUUGAGACUGAGCCUCUUCCUGAGCCGAGUAGGAUCUGGAAGGCUCCUAAUACUAUUGUGUCGCCGCAUGCGGCUGGUGGAAGACCUCAAGGUGCUGAGGGGCUUAUCGCUGAUAACCUAAGACGGUUUAGGGCGACGCAGGAGUUGAAGAACCUCAUUUAG